AAUAACGGUUUGUCUUCUACUUGUCCAAUCAAAGAAUGCGUUUUUUGACAUUUAAAUUGAAUGAAACAUACAAAUUGUUAUCGAAUCAUUGUAACAUGUAACACAGCUGAUUCAAGUUUUAUUGUUUCCAUAUAAAUUAUUCAAAAACUUCAUACACACACUAACAAUAUAAGAGCAAGAGCACAAGUGUUCACUGAUAGCAGAGAUACAAUGGCAUCGGGUGGCCAUAAUAUAGUAUUUUAUGAUACCAGCAAUUAUAAACCUCUAUGUGAAUAUGGAAGUUUCACAGAACCCGUUCAUUCUAUUGAUUGGAGUUAUGACUCCAAAUAUUUGCUAGUGGUUCCUUCCACAGGAUGUUGUGAAAUUGUGAGACCAUAUUUCUCAGAAGCCAAGGUUUUACAAAGUAUCAAAAUUCAUGGAGUAAAAUCUGCCGUGUUUUUCAAAAAUACUCACAGAUUUAUAGGCAUGGGCUUCGGUAAUGGCGAUGUGCAAAUAUGGGAUACAAAAAAGCAAGAGGUCAGCAAAACAAUGGUUUCAACUCACGCCAAUGUCAAUUGUAUUGAUAUUUCAUUCAAUGACAAUUAUAUGAGUGUUGGUUGUGAAGAUGGUCAUAUUAAUUUAUAUGGGUUAACAACCAACAAGAGGAUGCAGUCUCUAACCAUAAACUCAACAAGCUGGCCUAUAACAUCACUAAAAUAUAGUAGUAGAGAACAUGGAAUGUUUGGGUGCAACAAAUGA